ACAGUUUAUUCUACUGCUCUGAAGGAUUUGGAUUUCACGGAUUCGGUGCGACGUGCGGAUUUUCUCGCUUUAUUCGGAAUAGAGUAAUGCUACCGAAGCUACAGCGACGUCUUCGUAGGAAGACAAAGGAAAAGCUCUGUCACGGUUUUUCUUCAUACCUCAACUCAGACCGCGGGUAAGCCCGAGAAUCUUGCUAACAAGGAUAUAAACUGUUACAUCAGGAAGUCAUUUACAACCCGGGUUUACUUUCGCGUCGCUUUUCUUUUUUGUCACUUGCGCCUUGUGGAUUUAAUAUUCAAAUGAAGUUUGUGUACUCCUGUCACAGUACGGAAUCCCGCAAACCUCAUGCACAAGUCUAUAGAAAAGUAGGCCUGUGCCGGUCUCGAAGCAAGCCACAUCCUUGACUACAGUCUGGAAAUUCAGCGCAGUGAAGUGAUAUCACUUGCGCCGAGCCUGGGAGGAUGUUAAACAAACAUGAGGGAUUUCAUUCUGUGUUGAUGGUAUGGGCCACUCUUGUAGUCUCCAGUGAACAGCACACCGCUAACAUAUCUAGUUCUUUUUUCAGUGAUAACAGGCCGUUCAAGGCUUACGCAAACUCAACCAAGAUUGUGGAAACUCUUUUGAAACAUUACGACAAAAGAAUCAGACCUGGAGUGAAGGGUUCCCCAGUCGAAGUGCGAGUCGACAUGUACGUGGCCAAUAUCUGGGCAAUGGAAGAAGUUAAGAUGGAGUUUACAAUUGACAUCUACUUGCGUCAAUAUUGGAGAGACGAGCGAUUAGCUUUUGGCCAUCUGACCUCUGACCCUCUGCUAACCCUGAGCAGUAAUAUUAAUAAGCAGAUAUGGGUACCGAGCACUUACUUCUUAAAGACUAAGAAAGCUUACUUUCAUGAUGUUACAACGGAGAACUAUCUGCUGCAGAUCCGGCCAAAUGGAAGCAUCUUCUAUAGCAUUCGACUUACAAUAACUGCCUCAUGUACGUUGGAUCUGCGUCGAUUCCCGCAUGACACACAGUUGUGUACAUUAGCAUUGGAGAGUUAUGGAUACCAAACGACAGACGUUUGGUACGCUUGGAACCCCAGAGAUGACAACACAUCAGCCAUCUUUGUCAACAAUGAAGUAGAGCUGCCGCAGUUUGAGUUGGUUAAAGUGGAGAAGGAAGCAGUCAUAAAUAAAUAUAAUAUAGGUAACCAUUCCUCGUUGGUUGCCAUGUUCAAGAUGAAACGUCGAAUCGGCUACUUUUUAAUUGACACCUACGUACCUUCCACCAUUAUUGUUAUCAUCAGUUGGAUAUCGUUCUGGAUUAACCCCGAUACUGCGCCUGCGCGGGUUGCUCUUGGAAUCACCACUGUCCUGACGAUGACGACACUCAUUUCCAGCGCUCGUGCGUCGCUACCUAAAGUGAGCUACGUGAAAGCUAUCGACUGGUACCUUCUUUUGUGUCUCAUAUUUGUGUUUGGGUCCAUUUUGGAAUACACCUUUAUAGCAUUUAUGAUAAAUGUUAGGAAUAAAAGCAAGAGGAAGCCGUCAGUGGAUAGCGAAUGGGGAGAUGGUUCAAAGAAACAGGAAGAAAGAACAGAGUUUUUGUCUUUAUUUACUCCAAAGUGUUCUCCCCGACGAGGAAACGCCCUUAAGCGAGUAUUUAGUCAAGCUGAAACAGAUUCUCUUGGUGUUGAAAGCAAAACGUUCCCUGAGAAAACGGAAAGGGAAAAAUGGUACUUCAUUAGCAACCCUCACACCAUAGACAGGUGCUCGCGAAUUGGGUUCCCUCUCACAUUCUUUGCAUUCAAUUGCAUUUACUGGCUUGUCCAUAGUAAAGGAUCAACCUAACAAGAAAGGGGAAGGAUCAAUCUUGAAAGAGAAGCGAUGUAAGGCGGCAAUAGAUGAAAGUAGUCGAUAGAGAUUUCAUCGCAUAGAAAUAUGAAAUAAUUUGUGAAUGCGUUGUUUGAAAUCCUAUACUGUAAUGCUGUGCACUCAGUACAGUAUGACUGUUGUUUAUUGUAAUUUGUCGUGGGAUUUUACUUGUCUAUGCGCGGCUAAAUAUUAAAUGAUAGGACUGCUUAAAGAAGAUAAACCAAUUACAGGCUAAGCUCAACUACUACUCCUUUUUUAAAAAAAAUUAACUAAUUGCAGACCUUAAACAUUUGAGGUGUAAUAGGGGUAAAAACAUGAACAUUUCAAGUCCUUUUUCCUCCCUACAUAUGUGGGGAUGAAGAAUUUACAGAGCUGCUCAAGGAGCCUCUAGCUUUAUGGUUUUGAAUCAGUAAUAGGCAGCUUAACCAAUCAAAAGUAAAACCGGACAAGAAGACCUCUUGGGGUUUUACCUCUCAUGUCAGAUUUUACAUUCUGUCCGCUUUUUCAGAGCUGAAAUUAGUCCUCGUUAGUCUUCGGAGAAAACCAAUAUACUGUAGCAUAACUUACUAUUCAUUUAAGUAUGAAAAAUUAUAUUUGAUGUUAAAAGGCGGCCUUUAUUUCAAAACUUUACUAAGACUGUUAAGAGAAAAUAUCGUAUAGGGCCAAGAAUUCGAAAUAAAUCUCACAGCAAUAAGGUCUAGGUCAAUCUGUCUUGAAAAGAACAUACUGAGGAGUAAUCUUCUAAGUGCGUCAAAUUUUUAUUAGAGAUUUCUUAGAUGGAGAAAUCACCAUCGAAAGUUUUACCGCAUAGCCUGAUUUUAGUCCAAGAUGUGACUAUAAAAUUAUCGAGAUGAAUAAAACAUUAAGUGAUCUGUUUUAAUGAGUUCAGGGCUUUUUUAAAUCGAAUUAUUCAGUGCUUUUUAAGAAUGUCUAGAGCUCUCGUUGAAGCUAGCAAGGUGUCCAAAUGACAAUACCAUGAAACAUAUGAAAGAGAAGGAUGUUUUGUCCUCACAGAUAUCUCGUGAAGGAACUCGUGUUCCGUAUUCGUCACUACAAUAUAGCCACACCGCCAAAAAUGUUUACACAUUCACAUUUGGUUUGGUUAGA